CGACAGGCCAGCUGGAAGCUGUCGGUGUUUUCUGUGGGAUGUUCUUCUGAUGUUCUCUUCCUUCCUUUGUCUUCAGGUGAAGUGUGACCACUACUGGCCGUUUGACCAGGACCCCCUGUACUACGGAGACCUGAUUGUCCAGAUGCUGUCUGAGUCUGUUCUCCCUGAGUGGACCAUACGAGAAUUCAAGAUCUGCAGUGAGGAGCAGCUGAGUUACACCAGGCUGGUGCGUCAGUUUCACUACACCGUGUGGCCUGACCACGGCGUGCCCGAGACCACGCACUCACUCAUCCAGUUUGUUCGGACAGUUCGGGACUACAUCAACAGGACACCCGGCUCAGGGCCUACUGUGGUCCACUGCAGCGCUGGUGUUGGACGCACAGGGACGUUCAUCACUCUGGACCACAUGCUGCAGCAGCUGGACACCAAGGACACAGUGGAUCUCUACGGCGCUGUCUUUGACCUGCGACUCCACCGAUCCCACAUGGUGCAGACUGAGCGUCAGUACGCCUACCUGCACCAGUGUGUACGCGACGUGCUGCGUGCGCGGAAGCUGCAAAACGAGCAGGAGAACCUCCUUUGCCCCGUCUAUGAGAAUGUGAACUACAGCGCCCCCAGAGGUAGGUGA